GUUAAACGCAGUUGUUUAUAAUUAUUAGCAUGGAGUCAGAUUCCAUUUUCCACUACCUUUCUUAUUUUCUGUUCAUUGUACCACAAUACUUCGCCGACUUCCAUCACGCAUAUGCAAAAUUUUAUGAGUGCGAGAAAUCAGUAGCGAAGUUGGCGGUAGUAUAUGGAAAAAUACCCGAAUUAUGUUACGUCAUGAGGAAUGCAAAUUACCAUGGUAUAGCCCGUGCCAGCGAAUGCAUCCGGCAACUGAACUAAAAAUGGCCUAGUCGUGCGACCAGUGACAUUUUGCUUCGCAAUGGGUGCGUGUUCGCAAAUAGCGAUGUUAACGUCAGUGUUUUUAAUAAUAUAAACAUUAAAACAACAUCUGAAAUGUUUACAAUAAUAUGAAGUGUUUUCGAGUUAUCAAAAAUUGAUAAACGAUGAUGUGAUUGAUACCAAAAAAACCGAAUGUCAGUCAUGGUAGUCGAUUGUUUUUAUUAUCAAUUACAUUGAUAAUUUCUAGUAAUAGAUGGAAUAAACACGAAGGUUCCUUAACUGAGUAUUUAAUAUGCUAAGUGUCGCUUGCCAAUUUAAAACAAAUAGCUUUAAAGAAAUGUUACGGUGGGUAGGUGUAACCCAUUAAAAGGUUAAGUUGUCAAUUUCGGUAAAUAAGAAACAUGUCCACAAACACAUCUAACUUAAGUACACACUCAAUUCACGAAAUACACACGCAACCAGUGACCUCUCCUUCGGCCAAAACUGCUAAACCGGAGGAGAAAAAGUCCAGAACGUUACUUAAUAUUUUACCAAAGCUUCCUUCGAGUGAUUCUCUAAGCAAUAGUCCCGGACCUGCAAGUCCUGGUAAUUUCACGCUGACGAUGUGGCCCUUUUACAGUUCAGUUGCUCUUGCAGGUGUCGCCAGCCACAUCGAAAAGCCAGACGUCAUCACCGACCGGUCCCCCGAAACCUGCUCCAAACUGACAAGGAAGGAGUCAUACAAAGCACAACGCAAAAAUUACAGGAAAGAGAAAAAACGCGUCACUAAUGAAUUACUGAACUCCCUCAAAGAUCCUUCCGUUGUGGUUUUAGCCGACUGGCUAAAAAUCAGGGGCACCCUAAAGUCAUGGACUAAGUUGUGGUGCGUGUUGAAGCCGGGAUUGCUGCUGCUUUACAAGAGCCCCAAAGCCAAAAGCAGUCACUGGGUGGGAACGAUUUUGCUGAAUUCGUGCAAAGUGAUCGAACGACCCAGUAAAAAAGACGGUUUUUGUUUCAAGCUUUACAAUCCUUUAGAUCAGUCAAUUUGGGCGCCUCGCGGGCCCGAAAAUGAAACGAUCGGGGCUGUGGUGCAGCCGUUGCCUAGUUCCUACUCGAUAUUCCGUGCUCCAUCACAAGCGUCUGGAAUGUGUUGGUUGGACGCUUUAGAAAUCUCUAUAAGAAACGACUCAGCUUUAGUACGCUCAGUUAGCAAUAAGUCAGCUUCAGGAAGCACAAAUCAUGAGACACAAUGGAAUGAAGCCGAUUACGAAAAACAUUUUGACCAUGAUUUAGAUGACGUUAGUCAGCCUGAUAACGGAGCUCAACUUAGUACAGGCGACGGUGAAAUGACUGAUUCAGAUUCGGACAUGUCGGCGAAGGAAGAAGAUGUGGAUGAGGACCCUCCAGAGACACCGUAUGUCCCAAACAGCGAAGAAGAAUUUGGCGACGCCGGCGCUCAAGUAGAAGAACUAGCAGAGGAACACAAAUCUUUGAUAUGGUACUUGGUUAAGCAAGUGCGGCCGGGGAUGGACUUAAGUAAAGUAGUACUGCCGACUUUUAUCCUAGAGCCACGCUCAUUUUUAGAUAAAUUAACAGAUUCGUACUACCACGUUGAUAUUCUAUCAGGGGCUGUUCUGGAAGACGAUGCCUUUACCCGCAUGAAAAUGGUGGUGAAGUGGUAUCUCUCUGGUUUAUACAAAAAACCGAAAGGUUUGAAAAAACCAUAUAACCCUAUUUUGGGUGAAACUUUUCGGUGCUAUUGGAUGAACCCUAACGGUUCGAAAACGUUUUAUCUGGCUGAGCAGGUUUCGCAUCACCCACCUGUGUCGGCGUUUUACGUUACUAAUCGACAAGAUGGUUUCUCGAUAAGUGCCAGUAUUUUGGCAAGGUCGAAGUUUUACGGAAACUCAACCUCGGCCAUCUUGGAUGGUACAGCAGUUUUAACUUUCCUACCGAGAGGGGAAGAUUACACAAUUACCGUCCCGUAUGCACACUGUAAGGGUAUUUUAAUGGGUACACUCACUAUGGAGUUAGGUGGGAAGGUAUCAAUAGAUUGCGAAAAAACCGGAUAUUUUACAGAAAUCGAAUUUAAACUCAAACCUUUUCUUGGUGGAGCUGAGCAGACGAAUUGUAUUUCGGGUCGAUUGAGACUCGGGAAAGAAACUCUAGCAACUAUUGACGGGUACUGGGAUGGUACUAUUUACAUUAAGGAUAAAAGAACAGGCGAACAACAAACGUUCUGGUGUCCUACAUCCAAUGUUCGCCGACAUCGGUUAACACGAUACACAGUUCCUGUAGAUCAUCAAGAAGAGUAUGAAUCAGAGAGGCUGUGGCAGCACGUAUCAGCCGCGAUAUUAAGAGAUGAUAUGAACGCAGCCACGGAAGAAAAAACCGUCUUAGAGGAAGCACAAAGAGCACGUUCGAAAGAGCGUAAAGCAAAAUGUGAGGACUGGGUUCCUAUACAUUUUCAACAAGAUUUAAAAACGGGGCAGUGGGUUUAUAAGCACUCAGAUUUACGACCUUGGGAUCCUCGGAAUGAUUUAUAUCAGUAUGAGUUUAACUAUCUUAUACAAACAAGAACAAAACAUCAUACUCCCAUGAUUCGUACUGCCAGUAUAAUAAGUGUGGAGCCGCAACAAGGAGACACUCGUUCUUCAACUUUGAAAGUCGCCAAACGAAAAAUGGCGCCCAAGCAAGUUUCGUCUGACGCGGACGUCAAUGAUAGUGCUACAACUUCCGAAGAAUUUCAUUCCGACUCGACUCAGUCUGUGAAGAAGAUGCCUUUAGCGGCGACAAACUCAAGCAUUAUGUUGGCAAUUCAUGACCUGGAGCAAAGUCUUCAAGAACAUGGCGAAAAAAUUAGUCAGUUACAGAGGAACAUAAACCGUGUAUUGGAAUCUAAUAUGAAAUCUCGUAGUAGUCCUAGUUACAUUGAGAUUAUGGUGAUUAUCUUUCUACUCGGUUUUUUUCAAGCCGUUUUUGUGUAUUUCUUUUAACUGUACUUUUGUUGUGCAAUUUCAUUGUGAUAAAAAAUCCUCGUCACUGCGCCAUUUGUUUUCAACUUGAUUUACGGACCAGUGGAGGAAUUUUUAAAUUGUUGUAAUUUAAAAUUACCAGCACCAAGAAUUGUGCUUUUUGUUGUAAAGAAGGUGUAUCUAAACCAGUCCGAACAUCAUUCGCCGGUGCUCCCUUGGUCUGAAUGCACCUUAAUGUAAUCGUGCCUUUUGACGGGCUCUUUCAUUACACAAUGGUUCCUUGAUUGAAGCCCUUACAAGGUUUUUGUUUUAACCACUACUGUCGUUGUUAUGUACUGUGUUUCUUUUAGAUUAGGAACGAUUGUGAUAUGAUAUUGAAAUAAAGCUUACAGCGAGAAAACGGGCGACUUAGGUUAUCUUAAUUUGUCCUAACUGAUAAGGAGGGGGGGAUUAGUAAACGUACACGCGCUAUUUGGAUCACAGUUUUGUUCUUAAAUGGUACAAAAUAAUUCGUAGUUUCUAACAAAUUUUUGGGGAUAUAGUUACUAGAAAUUUUUUUACAUACAUAGUUCUAGCAUUGCAUGUUAGUACCUAUUCCUCUGUUAUUAAACACUUGAAGCUUAAUAAAGGUCAUUACAUCUCGAA